CCGGAAACUAGAUCCGGCCUCUCUGUCAAGAACGUGGUCGGGCAGCAACUGGAUUGCGUUCCCUCUCUUAAAGAAGCCAGCAGUUCGAUCGCAGGCAUUCCUCAACACAUUGGCUGACCGGUCACACAAGACAUCAGACCAACAGAACCAUCAUGGCCUCAAGCAAACCCAAACUAUCUUUUUUGGAGAACUUCUGUCUCAGUGGUGCCGCUGCCAUUAUUUCAAAGACCGCUGCUGCCCCAAUUGAGCGUGUGAAACUCCUCGUCCAAAACCAAGAUGAGAUGAUAAAAGCCGGCCGUCUAUCUGAGCCUUACAAGGGAGUUAUUGACUGCACUGUCCGUACCUUUAAAACAGAGGGUGUCCUGCCAUUCUGGAGAGGAAACUUGGCCAACUGUAUCCGGUACUUCCCUACACAGGCUUUAAACUUUGCCUUCAAGGAUCAGAUUAAGAAGGCUUUCAAACAGAAAAAGAGUGAUCCUUACCUUGUCAAUUUCGGCAAAAAUAUUGCAUCUGGUGGUACUGCUGGAGCUCUGUCUCUCUGUUUUGUCUACUCGUUGGACUAUGCCCGAACCCGUCUGGCCAAUGAUGCCAAGGCAGCUGGAAAGGGAGCUGGAGAACGUCAGUUCAAUGGGCUCAUUGAUGUCUACAAGAAGACCCUUAAAAGUGAUGGCUUUGUUGGUCUGUACAGAGGGUUUGUUAUAUCCUGUGUAGGUAUUGUUGUGUACCGUGGCUGCUACUUCGGUUUCUAUGAUACCUUGAAGCCACUCUUGCUGGGUGAGGAUGCUGGUGUCCUCCUGUCAUUCUCUCUGGGUUAUGUGGUGACAAUCACCUCAGGCCUUAUCUCCUACCCCAUUGACACCAUCCGAAGAAGGAUGAUGAUGACCUCCGGCCAGGCUGUCAAAUAUAAGGGAUCUAUGGAUUGUGCUGUCCAGAUCGUCAAGAACGAAGGCUUUAUGUCUUUGAUGAAGGGAGCAGGUGCUAACAUCCUCCGUGGUGUUGCUGGCGCUGGUGUCCUGGCAGGCUUUGACAAGUUCCAAGAAUGGUACAUCUCAUUCAGAGUGAAGUCAGCAUGAGGAUAGUAACUUUUAGGCACUAAUUUUUUUCUCUUGCGAGAUGUAACUGUAAAGUAUUUGAACCACAUCGUUCAAAUUUGUCUUCAUUGUAUAGCUGGAAACUAACUUUAUCAUCACAGCUUUGGGACUUAGUGUACAACGUAAAACAAAAUUAGAUUCCUGUUUUCAGAGUGGUUUGUCAUAAUUGUGUGAUAUCAGUUGAACGAAACCACAUUGUGUAUACCCCAGAGCAAGUGUGACGGUUGGCCAUUGUGAAAGUUGUCCAUCGAGGAUUUUUUUUUCUUUUAGUUCUUGUGUGACCAGUAUAUAUUUGAGAACUAUAAAUUAUACAUACCAGGAAUAAAGCCAGCGCUGUGCAUGCAAUUUGUAAUGA